AGGAGCAAAGCCUGGGGCGCGGGGGGACGACACUCGCCCGGGGGAACGGGCGCGGGGUGCAGCCCCGCGGGAGGGGACGCGCUGCCCCGCACUGGCCUCUUUGCCUCGCAGCUCAGCGGCCCCGUCCCGAGCGAUGGAGAACUACCACAUCCUGGAGAUGAUCGGCGAAGGGUCCUUCGGGCGCGUGUACAAGGGGCGCCGGAAGCACAGCGCCCAGGUGGUGGCCUUGAAGUUCAUCCCCAAGGUGGGGCGGUCCGAGAAGGAGCUGAAGAACCUGCAGCGGGAAAUUGAGAUUGUGAGAGACCUCCAUCACCCUAACAUCAUCCAGAUGCUUGACAGCUUUGAGACUGCUAAGGAGGUGGUGGUAGUGACUGACUAUGCAGAGGGAGAGCUUUUCCAGAUCCUGGAGGAUGAUGGGAGUUUGCCUGAGAGCCAGGUCCAGACCAUAGCUGCCCAGCUCAUCUCUGCUCUCUAUUACCUGCACUCCCACCGCAUCCUGCACCGGGAUAUGAAACCCCAGAACAUCCUGCUGGGAAAAGAUAGUGUUGUCAAGCUCUGUGACUUUGGGUUUGCCCGUGCCAUGAGCAUCCACACCAUGGUGCUGACAUCCAUCAAGGGCACCCCGCUGUACAUGUCCCCUGAGCUGGUGGAAGAACGGCCGUAUGACCACACCGCAGACCUGUGGUCAGUGGGCUGCAUCUUGUAUGAGCUGUUUGUGGGCACUCCUCCCUUCUACACCAACAGCAUCUUCCAGCUUGUCAGCCUCAUCAUCAAGGACCCUGUCAAAUGGCCUGUGGACAUGAGCCCAGUGUUCAAGAGCUUCCUUCAGGGACUACUAAUGAAGAACCCCCAUGAGCGUCUGUCAUGGCCAGAGCUACUUUCUCACCCCUUCAUUGCUGGAUGGGUUACUGUGACUGAUGACACAGAAAAGCAUGGGAUUUCAAACCCCUUUACCGUCAAGCUAUCUCCAGAGCUGCAGGCCCUGAAGGAGCAGCAAGUACAUUCCAUGGCCCCCAGGAGCAGCCAGUCCAGGAUCUUGAGAAAGGCCCAGAAGAAGAUGGUUGAAGAGACACAGAAAAAGGGGCAACCGAAGGCAGGUGAUGCAUCUAUGAAGGUUUCUGCCAAUGGACAUCCCACACAUAGUCCCAGAGCAGCAUCACGGAAAGCAGUCCCUGAGGAGAGGGAACCAUUGGCUGUCUCCAAUGAGAAGAACCCAUGUCUCCUGCAAGGAAAGAACAGCAGAGCAGAGUGGGAGUCUGAGGAGUCUCCUCCUAUCCCAGGGAGAGAGAGGCACAGGCUGGGAGAGAAGGAAGAGGGGAAGGAAAGGUCUUUCACUGACUGUACUGUUUCCUUGGCCAGGCAGCACAACCUCUCUCAAGACUGUGAGUGGGAGUUUCUUGGAGCAGGUUCCCCUUCACAGCCUGGUGCUGGCAGGGCAGAGCCCUGCAGCAGGCACAGCACUGAGGCUGUGGACCUGGAGAGUGAGGAGUUGGAGAGUGAUGAGGAGUGGCAGCACCUGAUUGAGGACACUGAGCCCUCAGCCAUGCAGCUGAGUGUGCCUCUGAGCCUCCUGAGGGACUUGGCUUUCCAGCACCGUGUCCAGGACCACCUGGCAGCCUCUGCUCAGCAGGUGCUGGAAGGGAUGCUGGAGGGAGCCUCCCAUCUUCGUUCUGUGCUUCGUGUUAUUGGCAACCUCCUGUCUACCCGGUGUGAUGCUGAGCUGCUGGACCACUUCUGCCAAGAGCUAAAUGUGCCUCUGUCCCUGCUGUGUCUAGCCAAGCAGAUCCUGGAAAGUGGUGUAACCAAGCAGCAGCCCUGGUGUAUCGCUGUGCUGACAGACCUCCUCGUGGUGACCAAAGUUUGUUUCAGUAGCCUAGAGGAGAGUGGGCAAAAAUACAGACUGCAGACCAUCCAGGAGAGUGCUGACUGCUUCCUGGCCCUGCUGCCGGAGCUGCUAGCUGUGCCAGUCGACAGUGAGAUGAGACUCUGCCAGCAAAGCCUCCUGUGCUUUACCCAGCUCUGUGAGAGCCUGGACAUGACAGACACCUCUAUCUCUGCACACUUCUACACCAAACUGCAAGACGAGCAUCAGCCCCUGCUGAACAGACUCCUUCAAGGAUCCAUCUCAGAGCAGCCUGCUCUUCGAGGUGCAGCAGUGGAAGCCAAGUCAGCCCAUGACCAGAGCCCAGGUGUGGCAGACCUCUUCCUGGCUGCAUUGGCUGCUGCAUGCAGCAUGCCCCUGGAGAGAAACAGCUGUCGGGAAGCCAAGCAGCAGGUUGCUCACACGUUAGCUGAAAAGCUUAUGGAAGGAGAGAGCCAGCAGCUUGCAAGACUGCUGGGGAGACUGGAGGACCCAGGCUGCUCCUUGAAUGUCCUGAAGAUCCUCUAUGCUGGCUGCCAUGCCUACCCAAACCUGUGCCGGCAACUGGGAAGGAGCCAGCCACUGUGGGGUUCCCUCAUGCAGAUCUUGAAGGGUGAGGUCCCUGUGGUGGAGGUGACUCAGGAGGCAGCCUGUGAAGCCUCUCUGUACCUGCUGGCCCUGCUCACUGUGCAGCUUCAGGCAUCCCCUCCCAGGUGUGAGGAGAUGGUUGCCCUGGCUGUGGAUCUCAUCACCCAGUCUCCUGUUGUGUCCCUUGUGGGUGCUUCAGCAUUUCUCCUGGCACAGCUCAGUCAGCAUGGGGUGGCUUUGGAGCUCAAGAGAGAAAAGAUCCUACCAGUGGUAACAAAUGCGCUGACUGCACCUGCUGAGGUAUGGGAUGGGGACAGAGAAGAUGGGGACCCAUGCAUACCCCACUGUAGAGGUGUGCAAAGAUGGUCUCAGAAGGGUGCAAUUGUGAUGCUGCUGCCCUCAAGCCCAGCACCCAGCUUCAGACUGUCUCCCACUGUCUUACAGCUGCAGCUCCCCCUGCCAAUGGGUGCUGGUCUCUAUGAUGGGUUCUUUUUCCUCCUGCUGAAACUCCUUGAACAGGACGAUGUGGUCUUGGAGCAGGGCUUUGCUUCCUCUGAGCUAUGGAGCCUGGUCUGGCACUGUGUUGCUGUGGUGCUUCAUGUGGACACCAACGGGGCAGCGCUGGGGGGAGACCUACCCCCAGCUGCUAGUCACCCCAUAGCAGAACCAGACUGGAACCUCCUCUCCCCUCAAGGAACCCUGUUAUUCCUCAGCCUGGCCCUCAGCAUCUUCACUCGUGAGUCCCACCAGUGUCUGCCUCAGCUCACCCAGUCCCAUGGUGUCCUCAUGGUGACACUGAAGAGACUGCUGUCCCCUGGCUUCUUGGCAUGCAUGGCACAGAUGCAAGCAGGAAAGGAUGGGGAUCCUGACGUUGUCCCACAUGUGGUCAUCCAGGUCUGCCAGCUCCUCUCUUUGCCUUUUGCCCUGGAUGUGGAUAAAGACACCUUAGCACUGAUAAUGGAGGCUGUGAGAGAUAUGCAGAUCCCUGCCCAGCUGCUGCAGGUCUGCGCUCACCAUCUGCCCUUCUCGUUCACCGAGCUCCCCAUGGGCCUCUUGUGCCAACUUGUGGUGUCUGAUACACAGGUCAUAGACCAAGUGGUGAGGGAAGCUACUGCCUCAGAGCACAUUGUUGCCUUCUUGAAGUCUGUCUUGUUCUCAGACAAUGUCAUACUCACAAGUGACCUCCUGUCUCUCUUGACCCACGUGGCCCGGGCCUGUUCAGAGCACCUGCCUUUUCUCCAGAGGAUCCUGAGGGACUCAGAUGUGGCUGACCACCCACUGACCUAUCUGCUCAGCCAUAAGCAACACCUGAUACGGGCCAGAACCUGCAACUUGCUGGGCAACCUGCUCCGCCACAGCCUUUCCCCAGCGCUGCAGAGCCAGCCGGGUUGGCUGGAGAGACUGCUGGAGUGCCUGUCGGACCCGGAGAGCUGCGUGCGCAGGGCAGCCACCUUUGCAGUGGGCAAUGCUGCCUGCCACGCGUCUUGCCCGGCAGGGGCCCUGGGCAGGGCCGUGCCCGCGCUGGCCCGGCUGCUGAGCGACUCGCGGGCCCAGACGUGCUGCAACGCGGCCCUGGCCCUGAGCAACCUGGGCCAGCGCGGGGAGGAGCUGCGGGAUCUGCUGGUCCAGAACAGAGCCCCCGACCUCCUGCUGCAGCUGGCCUGCCAGGACCCGCGGAAGACCGUGCAGGAGGGAGCCCUGGAGGCACUGCGAGCCCUCAGCCAGCACGCCGGGAUCCGGCAGGUCCUGCUGUCCCUCAAAGCCACCGAGAGGCUGGCCGCGCUGGGCCCUGUCAGUUCCCGAUCGCCUUCUGCCCGGCACCGGGAGCUGCUCCUCCGCCGCCUCGCAGCUCUGCCCGACCACGCGGGGCCCGGCCCGCUGUCGUCGCCUACCGGCGCUGAGCGGUGAUGCCCGGGCAUCCUGGGACGCC